AUGGGCAUGGGCAUGGGCAUGGGCAUGGGCAUGGGCAUGGGCAUCGAUCGGGAGGGCUGUGCAGGCAUGGGCAUGGGUAUGGGUGGGCAGACUCGACUGGUUCCGGAGACGAAGACGCGACGGAUGGACGAGACAGGAAGCAGCGAGAGCACCAUGGCUGUGGCAGGAGUGACUUGUGGAUACGUGGUGAGCGUGGCGGCGGCGGCGGCGACUGGGGCGAUGUUCCCUCCGGGCGAGUGGUACGCCGGCCUGCGCAAGCCGUGGUUCACUCCGCCCAACUUGGCCUUCCCCAUCGUGUGGACGGCGCUGUAUGUAGCCAUGAUCAUUGCUGCCACACGCCUCCGCGCAUCGCCGCUGGCAUCGGCCCUCUUUGCUGCACAGAUCGCUCUUAACGCCGUCUGGACGCCGACUUUCUUUGGCGCACAUCGCAUGGCUGCCGCGCGUACCAUCAUGGCCGUACUCAUGGCCGUCGUCCUUGCCCUCAUCGUCGUGGCAGCAUCUGUCGACAUCCCGGCCAUGCUUCUUCUCCUACCCUACCUCGCAUGGCUCGCUAUCGCCUUUGCCCUCAACUCGGCCCUCAUCCGCCUCAAUCCGCAUCUCGUCGCUCGCAAGUCUUGACCUCCUCCAACCGCCUGCCGACUACCUCACCACUCCACGUCCUUCGAGGUUGUCAUCGGCCCACCAACUCCCAUCAUUCGCCUCUAUUAGCUGCAUCAACCAGCUUCUAGCCCGCCUCCCGUCCCCCUGCCCUUCGGCGCGAUCCCCAUCUGGCUGAACUGUUCCCCACCAGCUGCAAGGCAACCACCCCUCACAACCCUACAACGAUCUACAACUCUCAACAGCUAAGAUGAUCGAUCCCCUUUCAAUAGAUCGCCAACC